AUGGAACCUUUUAAGAUUCUCACCAAAUUCAAGCCAGAAGGGAACUCACGAUACAGGGGAUCAAGGUGGGAACCACCACGAAGUCAGGCUCAGGAUCUUCGUGAUCGGAACCAACGAGACUCGAGACGCCCAAGAACACCACCACGCGGUUCUGUUGCAGACUCUAAAGAAGAAGGAGAGAUACGCAAUGAAGAGGUGGUGAAUGGGGCUCAGAAACAGAUAGCUCCUGCUACUGUGACAUCAGAAGAGGUGGAGCAGGCAACAGGGCACAGACAUGAAGUGCCAUUAGAGGUAACUGAUGUUUCUCUUGCUGUGGAAGUAGAUGAGGAAAAGAAGUUGGCAAUGGCUGGGGGGAUUAAUGGUCCUAGUGUAGAGCUAGCUAAAGAGGUGAUGGAAUUAGGGGAAAAGCAGGAUGAUGAUGGUCUUUUGGUCUUUGAUGAUUCGGAACUUAUUCUGGAUGGGGUCGAUACUCUAAUGGAAGAUGAUGACGAGUUCCAGGCUCUCACAGAUACUGAAGUGGAGGAGAUGGACAAUAAAAAUGAGGAGAAAGAAGAAAUGAAGAAGGCGGGAGAACAGGAACCUGUGGGUGACGAUGAGGACAAAAAGAAGGGAUCAAGAAAGGCUUUAUUUAAGCCCACAUCUUUGGCUGUAGGGACUUCAAAGAAGCUGUUUGUGCAGGCGGCUUUAUCACCAAGGAAAAAGGCUCAAGGUAAGACAGGGAAGAAGCAGGGAGAAGUUGCAAGAAAGAAAGAGGAGAAGGGACCAUUAAUCCCGAAACCACCCUCUUCCAAACCUUGA